CUUCAUUCUUCCCUCUUAUCAAUCCACUUGACGGAACUCGGUCAGGCGUAGACGUAGAUAUCGGAGCUAGUCGAUAUUUUAACAUCGGCCGAUCUGCAAAUUCCACCCUUUCCUCUAGCGACAUAUCUCCUCGCUUCGUUAUUCGUAAGAUCCAUACGAGGCGACGUCUUUCAGUAUCUCGCAAGACAUAAGACAAGACAACUCCACCGAUCCCAUCAUCUCUUCAGGAACAACACAAGUAAAAUCAACUGGCUGAGGUAUAGUUGUCACUCGAGAUUUUCAACAAGAUGCCUUCUCCAAUUGAUAUAGUCAUACUUCUUCUAACCAUCAUACUCCCUCUUGGAUGGUACUUUCGUAAUUCCUUACCAUUGAUAGGUACCAAGAGACCCCCGACUCAGGUAAAGACGAAGGUGGAGGAAGAUGGUGAUCCUAGAGAUUUCGUUAGUAAGAUGGAGAGGACUGGAAAACGUCUCGUCAUGUUUUACGGAUCUCAGACCGGUACUGCCGAAGAAUACACUAUCCGUCUUGCCAAAGAAGCCAAGACACGAUUCGGUCUUUCAUCUCUCGUAUGUGAUCCAGAAGAAUACGACUUUACCAAUCUCGACACCAUUCCCUCCACUCAUGCCGUCUUCUUCGUCGUAGCCACCUAUGGAGAGGGCGAUCCUACCGAUAAUGCACAACCACUCAUGGACUUCCUGCUUGACCCCUCUGUGGAGUUCAGCAAUGGCUCCACUCUCGAAAACCUCCGCUAUGUCAUCUUUGGUCUUGGUAACAAAACCUACGCUUAUUACAAUGAAAUCGCACGUAAGUUGGACAAACGUCUGGAAGAACUGGGAGCGAAACGUAUUGGUGAACGCGGUGAAGGAGAUGAUGAUAAAAGCAUGGAAGAAGAUUAUUUAGCAUGGAAAGACCCUCUUUGGGAAAGUUUUUCCACCGAAUUAGGGAUUGAAGAAGGUGGUGCAGGUGACGUUGCGGAUUUCGUUGUCACUGAAAUCGAAUCUCAUCCACCUGAUAAAGUUUACCAUGGAGAAUUGAGUCCUAGAGCUUUGUUAGCUACAGCUAGUGGAAAUACGACACCUAUAGGAUCAUAUGAUUCGAAAAACCCUUAUCCCGCACCUGUUCUAGCUAGUAAAGAAUUAUUCGCCAUGGGAGGAGAAAGGAAUUGCGUUCAUAUGGAAUUCGACAUUACCGGUUCUGGUUUGACUUAUCAACAUGGUGAUCAUGUUGGUAUUUGGCCAAGUAAUCCUGAUUUAGAAGUCGAUCGAAUGCUCAGUGUAUUGGGUUUAAAAGAAAAACAUGAUAAAGUCGUUUCUAUCGAAAGUUUAGAUCCGGCAUUAGCAAAAGUUCCAUUCCCUACUCCAGCGACAUACGAAGCCAUAUUUCGACAUUAUUUAGAUAUAUCAGCUAUAGCAUCUCGUCAAACUUUAGCAUUUUUAUCACGUUAUGCUCCUACGGAUAUCGCUAGAGAAAGAUUAACAAGAUGGGGAACGAACAAAGAAGUUUAUCAUGAAGAAAUAGAUGGACCUUCUCUAAAACUUGCAGAAGUAUUACAAGUCGCUGUUGGUGAUUCUUUACAAGAACCUUUUGACUCUGUUACCAUUUGGCCAAUUCCUUUCGAUAGGAUAGUAUCAGUUAUACCAAGAUUACAACCUCGAUAUUAUUCAAUUUCUUCUUCAUCUAAACUACAUCCUUCUUCAAUACACGUAACUGCCGUUGUAUUGAAAUAUCAAUCACAACCUUCUCAUGCUCAUAGACAUGAACCUAGAUGGGUUUAUGGAGUUUCAACAAAUUUCAUAUUAAACUUGAAAAACGCUUCUGGAACAAAUACACCUAUAUCAACUUCAUCCACCAUCAUACCUGAUCACAACAAUAAUUUCGAUUCAUAUAAACUAGAACCUCAAGCGGUAACAAUGCUAAAAACUCCUUCUUAUAAAUUAUCAGGACCAAGAGGUCAUUAUGUCCGACAAAACGUUUAUAGAGUUCCUAUUCAUGUUAGGAGAAGUACUUUCAGAUUACCUACAAGUCCAAAAGUCCCAGUCAUCAUGAUCGGUCCUGGAACGGGUGUGGCACCUUUUAGAGGUUUCGUACAAGAACGUGUGGCAUUAGCAAGGAAAGCGAAAGAAAAGAAUGGUGAGAAUGCUUUGAAUGAUUGGGCACCGAUUUAUUUGUUUUAUGGAUGUAGGAGGGGAGAUCAAGAUUUUUUGUAUAAGGAUGAAUGGCCGGAAUAUGAGGGAGAGUUGGGUGGGAAAUUUAAGAUGAAAGUGGCUUUUUCUAGAGAAGGUCCAACCAAAACAUACGUCCAAGAUCUUCUAUGGGAAUUGAGAACAGAAAUCGCCCCUCUCAUAUUAGAGAAACGGGCUUAUGUCUACAUCUGCGGAGAUGCAAAGAGUAUGGCUAAAUCGGUGGAAGAGAGAUUGAUCAAGAUGUUAGGUGAGGCGAAAGGAGGGACGGCCGAGGUGGAAGGGGUCAAAGAGUUGAAGUUGUUGAAAGAGAGGAAUCGCCUCAUGACGGACGUAUGGAGCUAAUUGUUCGUUGUUCUUGGUUGGUGGGAUCACGCGGGUAACGGGUGACCGACUGUCGACCUGGGUGCGAUUGACCAAGGUAGCAUAGCAUGGGAUUUGAUUGCAUAUGGCUGUCUUUGUC